AUGGGUUCAGUGAACCAUCUGAAUUUGCUGCGUGAGGAGCACCUUGAGCUACUUAACAAGUAUGGAGAUCUCCAACAGAAAUACGCUGCUCUCCAGAGCAAAGUUGAUCCGGAUCAAGUCCCGGAUAGCUCCACUUUGGCUGGACAACUGUGUGCUACGAUGAAAAACCUAUACGAGAACCAUGCAUUCAGUGAUAUCGUCAUCCGUGUAGGUGGUCGUGAGCUCAAAUGUCACAAGUUUCUGCUAGUAGCUAGAAGCAAUCACUGGAACGAUCUCGAAUCUACGGACUUCAUUGAAAUUCCAGACACCUCUUCCAAGGCCUUUGAGGUUGUUUACCGAUGGAUGUAUACAGAUAGCCUUCCACGUUCACAGCUCGACAUUGACCUUCUACAGGAAGUGUGUCAAAUUGCAUUCCGAUUUCAUUUCAGCAGCCUUCAAACAAGGUGUGUUCAGUUGCUGAAAAUUCGUGUGGAUGUGAAAAAUUGCAUUUCAUUGUUCGAUUUUGCCGAUAUAGAAGGUGUUGUGGAGUUGCGCGAUUAUUGCUGUGCUAUAAUUGCUGCUCAUUGGAGUGAGUUCAAGCCACAGCAGUUCUCGCAUUUGUCAGCACCUUCCCUAUUUCGUCUACUGAAGAGGAAUUCGCCUCACGUUCUUCAUUCUAUCGUCCAGCUCAAUCGUGAAGACGUUCUUCUCUUAUACUUCAUCGAAAAUGAUUCCAAGAUCCACACCGUCGUUAAUGCUGCUGACGAGAAGGGAUUAUGCGCACUGGAGUUAGCUCUGACUUUGGGCCACCAUGAUAUUGCGUCCCAACUUCUAAAGAAAAAUGCAGACUGCAAUUUUACUGAUGAGUCAGGCCGAUCUGUACUGAUGCGGAUGAUAGAGAAAGGCAGAAAAACGGACUUCACUCCACUUCAUUACGUUGCAUGUUCUGCCGUUAAUCAGACCAAGAUGGCUGAGUGGGUUGAUCCACUGUUGGAAGGAAUGAACAUCAACGCGACUGAUGCGCAGGGAAGGACUGCACUGCUAUUGAGUGUAGUGGUGGGUAACAUUGCCCUUACAAAGAUUUUACUCAAACAUGGCGCAGACGUCCUGAAAGCAGAUGACGAAGGAAAAUCGCCGCUAUCUGUUGCUCUCUACGAUAGAAAUGAUACAGAACUGAGUAGAGAAAUUGUGAAUUGCGGAGGCGUUACUGCAGUAAAUCAUUCCAUCGAUGGAGUUUCGUUGCUCCACAUUGCCGUGAAAAGUGGUGAUAUUGAGAUUGUACGAUUUUUACUUGAAAAUGGGGCCGCUAUUGAUACAGUGAACAGCGCGGGUGAAACCCCUUUGGAGGUGGCUGUGAGGCAAAAUAACGUAACCUUGGUCUCUUUGCUCUUGGAGAAAGGCGCUUUGGUUAGGAUGCCUAGCUCGGGCCGGAACUCUGUUCUGCACAAAGCUAUCGCGAGUGGUCCGGAAAUGCUGACUGUAUUCGCAAAGGAAGCCUUAAAGGUGUGGAUUGGACAGCCCGUGGACUCUUUGAGUUAUGCUUUGGAUGAACGCUUACUGGACUGCGCGAAGAUUCUAGUUACAGGUAUCCUCCAGGAACCCUGGUUCUCUGGUUUCCCAAUCAGAGACUCCCAAGGUCGUAGCUGCUUGGAAAUGUCGGCAUUUUAUGGCCUCUUAGAAACUCUCAGGACCAUAUGUGGACUUGGCGUGAAUAUAAACCAACGGACAAAUGGAGGUUUCGGUUAUACAGUUCUGAAACACGCCCUCAGUGAAGCAGCUUUUGGAAAAUGUGCCAUUUUGUCAUUUUUUCAGGACACUAUGAGUGUGCUUCGUUACUGCGGUUGUAAUGGCGAUGCCGUUCGAAUAUCACGCGAACCUGACACCGAAAAGGAGGAAGCACCUAUCCACAGAGCGGUUUCUUCAAAAAUGACUGCUCUGGUCAGCGCUCUUGUCAAAGCGAAGGCCAAUCUUGCUGUUCAGGACCAGCAAGGUCGCACCGCUUGCCAUCUGGCCGUUCAACAACACAAUGCUGACGCCUUACUCGAAAUGUUGAAGGCCAAUGAUGUGGAGUUCCUAUCAUUACGUGACAAAAUGGGACAAACUCCAUUUUCACAAGCGCUUUUCUCGAAGGAGCACGCG